AUGGCUCCUGCCGGUGCUGGACUUUGGCGCACAUUGCGCGCACACCAGGUGUAUGGUGCCAACACUGACGUCGGGAAGACGAUCGUCUCGACUGUGCUGUGCAACGCGGUCCAGAGGCAGAAACAGAGGGCAGCGUUCUUGAAACCCGUGUCGACAGGGUCCCUAGACGAAGCCGACGAUCGGCACUUGAAGCGGUAUGGCGCUGGAACCCUGACCAAGUGCCUCUACCAGUUCGAUGAGCCGGUGAGCCCGCAUAUCGCAGCGAAAGAGAAGAGCAUUCAAGAUGAUGAUUUGGUCGCAUCCAUCCAUAAGACUCUGUCUGAUUGGGCCCGGACGGACAUCGACUUCGCCCUGGUUGAGACUGCAGGCGGCGUGCACUCCCCAGGCCCCAAUGGAAAUUCCCAAGCGGAUCUCUAUCGGCCACUGCGGCUGCCAAUUGUGCUCGUGGCAGACUCGCGUCUAGGAGGUAUUUCCUCGUCGAUCUCCGCGUAUGAGUCGCUUCUGCUGCGUGGCUACGACAUCCAGUCAGUAUUAUUGUUCCGGGACGAGUAUUACCAGAACCAUGAGUACCUCGGCAACUUCUUCCGCAAUAAGAGUAUUCCCCUGGUUCCAUUGCCAGCGCCUCCUGCAAAGCCAUCUCAGACAGAUGCCAACUCACAGGCGAGAGAUGAAGAAGCUAUGUCUGCCUACUACCAGCAAGUUUCGCAAGAGUCGGAUAUUUUGCGUCUACUUGAAGAGAUGAAUGUCAAGAACACUAAACGCAUUGAACAUUUGGAGGAAAUGGCCGGCCGCGCCCAAGACCUCAUUUGGUACCCGUUUACCCAACACCAGGGCAUGCGCCCUAAGGAUAUCACUGUUAUCGACUCUGCGCACGGUGAUUAUUUCCAGACAUUUGGCUCCGGUCGCACCGAUAACCCAGACAGCGAGCUUCGACCGACCUUUGAUGGCUCAGCCUCUUGGUGGACCCAGGGAUUGGGCCACGGCAACCCCGAAUUGUCCUUGUCAGCAGCCUACGCCGCCGGUCGGUACGGGCAUGUCAUGUUUGCAGGCACAGUACACGAACCGGCACUUUUGCUUGCUGAUAAUCUAUUGAAGACUCUCGACAACCCGCGCUUCACCAAAGUUUUUUACACAGAUAACGGCAGCACAGGCAUGGAAGUUGCCAUAAAGAUGGGUCUCCGUGCUUCUUGUGACCGAUAUGACUGGGAUGCUACCCAGGAGCAGAUAAGUAUUCUGGGACUUAAAGGCAGUUACCACGGCGAUACGAUCGGUGUAAUGGACUGCGCCGAGCCGUCCACCUAUAAUCAGAAGGUUGAAUGGUAUCGCGGCCGUGGCCACUGGUUUGACUUUCCACUGGUCAAGAUGGUUGACGGAACCUGGAAAAUCGAGGUUCCCGCCGAAUUAAAGGCUGAACUGGGUCCAGAUGCUGAGUUUGGCUCGCUGGGCUCUGUGUUUGAUCUAAACACACGCCUGAACACGGAGGCUGGCCAGCGCUAUAAGAAAUAUAUUCGCAAAACCAUCGAGGAUCUGGUACAACGCCACGGAAUGAAAUUCGGCGCUCUCAUUCUGGAGCCUGUUAUCUUGGGUGCCGGUGGAAUGCUUUUCUGUGAUCCUCUUUUCCAACGAUGCCUAACUGAUGUUGUCCGCGACCACCCGGAAUUGUUCUCUCCCAAUGCCUCCUCCCCGAAGGCUGCUCCGUCUUGGUCAGGCCUACCAGUUAUUUUUGACGAGGUUUUUACUGGACUCUACCGGCUCGGACGCCCAACAUCCGCAUCUUUCCUUGAUGUGCACCCCGACAUCGCCGUGAACGCUAAGCUUCUCACUGGCGGACUGAUUCCUCUAUGUGCGACAGUUGCUAGCCAAGAAAUUUUUGAUACCUUUUCGAGCCCUGAGAAGAGUGACGCCCUUCUCCACGGCCACAGCUAUACAGCUCACGCAGUGGGCUGUACCGUUGCAGUCGAUUCGCUGAAAACUAUGUCCGAUAUGGACGGCAAUGGGUCGUGGGAUCAAUUCAAAACAGAUUGGAGUCCCAAGGCCGCAGAUCCCGCAGGUUCAUCAACCCCAGAAGCAUGGAGUGUUUGGUCACAGCGUCUUCUGCAAGACCUUUCUUGUGCUGAGUCGGUAGAGAGCGUAUUUGCGAUCGGUACUGUUCUCAGCAUCUCGCUGCGUGAUGCUCAAGGUGGAGGUUACACCUCCAACGCGGCCAAGGGAUUGCAGCAGAGGCUGGCUAUUGGUGGUGACCAGUUCAACGUCCACUCUCGAGUCCUGGGCAAUGUCCUCUAUCUCAUGUCUAGCUUGACUUCAAAGCCCGAGUCGCUGCGGGAGAUGGAGAGCAUGCUACGCGCGUCGCUAGUGUAG